AUGGUUCACUUAGUACCUUUUAACCGAAACACAUCUAGUCGCUGUAUUCUAGCUUUGUUUUCAGCAUUAUGCCUGGCAAGUUUGGGUGCUACUGAAGAACUCAACGGUGCUGUUCAUUUUAUCCCCGAUAUUUCUGUCUCCUCUUUUAGUAAUUACGGUGGAAGCAGCAAUGAUGGUGGUGGUUUGUACCAAGGGUUUAAAAACUUUUUAUCCGGGAGACUUGUUGGCUCCUCUGAAAAUCUCCCACAGACUGAAGAUGUUCCUCAAGAGGCAGUGCCUGGAAAUCCAGUCCCGCGGCCCGUGGUGAUUUGGCACGGGCUAGGAGACUCAUAUGAUUCGGACGGAAUAAACCGUGUGGGAGUAACACUGCGGCGGGCGCGUCCAGGAACAUUUGUUUAUGCUGUACGAGUGUCAAACUCAUCUCGUGAUGAUAGUCAAGCAGGAUUUGUGGGGCAGAUUAAAGAUCAGCUGGAGGAGGUUGCUCAAGAGAUUAAAAAUAUACCUGAAUUGCAAGGUGGAUUUGAUGCAAUUGGAUUCUCACAAGGUGGUGUGUUUCUUCGAGGAUACCUGCAACAGUACAACGAUCCACCUAUCCGCAACCUUAUAACGUUUGGUUCCCCCCAUAAUGGCGUUGCAAGUUUACCACAGUGCGAGAAUAAUAACUUUAUAUGCCGCCGUCGUAACGAGCUGUUUGAAGCGCGGGUUUACACUGCGAGUGCACAAACCACUAUUAUCCCUGCACAAUACUUUCGUGAUCCACUGCGGUAUAGCGAGUAUAUUGAAAUGUCUGGGUUUCUUGCGGACCUUAACAAUGAGCGGGCUAAUUAUCACGGUGGUGGAAGCACAGUUGAUGCGUUGGUUUUGCAAGAGCGCAGUGCUGUUGAGCCUGUACGUAACAAGACUUCUGCAGCCAACUUUGCACAGGCUCAGCGGCUGGUGAUGGUGAUGUUUGAUGCCGAUGUGACAGUGGUGCCUAAAGAAUCUGCAUGGUUUCAAGAAGUGGACAAAACAACAGGUGCAUUGACUCCAUUAGAGCAACGCCCGAUUUAUAUCCAAGAUUGGAUUGGAAUUAAGAGACUUGGUGACCGAGGAGGGUUGAUAUACGAAACGUUGCCUGGAGCCCAUAUGGAAAUUAAAGAGUCAGACUUGACGCGGCUGUCAUUAAAAUAUUUGGGGUAA